AUGGCCGCCGUCGACCCCGCGACAAGGAAACGGGUUCUUCGUGUGAUUGUUACGUCUCUUCUUUUAGAUCUGAUCUCCUUCACCUUCAUCCUUCCGCUGUUCCCCAAGCUGCUCGAGUUCUACCGCGACCGCGAAGCCCCGUCACUCCUCGACGACGGCCCGCCGACCUUGCUGCAGCAUGUUCUCAGCGGCCUCAACAAAUACAAGGCUGCGUUCUCGCGCCCGAUAGACUCUCGAUAUGAUAUUGUCCUCCUGGGAGGCGCUACGGGCUCCCUUUUCUCCUUGCUCCAGGCCGUUGCGUCUCCAGUGAUUGGUCGUCUUUCCGAUCGCUACGGUCGCCGAAAAGCCCUUCUCGCUUCCAUGUGCGGCAAUAUCCUGUCCGUGCUCCUCUGGGUUGCGGCCGUCGACUUUCGCACUUUUAUCGCAAGUCGAGUCGUCGGCGGCCUCUCCGAGGGCAAUGUACAGCUUACAACCGCCAUGGCCAGUGAUAUAUCAGAUGAGGCCACGCGUGGCCAGACCAUGGCAAUCAUUGGCGCGUGCUUCUCCAUUGCUUUCACCUUUGGCCCAGGCCUCGGUGCUUGGCUCAGCACCAUCUCAAUUGUUGCGGCAAACCCCUUUGCCACUGCGGCAGGCAUCAGCCUGGUACUAAUCGUAACGGAGACGCUGUACUUGUACCUGUGCUUGCCGGAAACCUUGCCCGCCUUGACCGGACGAGGGGCCAAGGGCGCCAAUGGGAAGAGCGAGAAGAAGCGCGUCGCAGAUCCCGUGGAGCGAACAAACUCGCCCGCGUUGCUCUAUGCCGUUCACUUCUUCUUCAUCUUGUUCUUUUCUGGCAUGGAAAGCUCCCUGUCCUUCAUGACGUAUGAGCUAUUCGGGUUUACGUCUGGUCGGAACGGCAGGCUGCUCGGAUACAUUGGCUUUGUCGCCUCCGUCCUGCAAGGCGGCGUCACGCGGCGGCUGCCACCGUUGCUGUCCGUCCGCAUCGGCGUCGUGGCAUGCCUCGCGUCCUUGUUCUUGCUCGGACGGAUCACGACCGUCCGCGGCCUGUAUGCGGCCGCCACCUGCCUGGCUGUCACGUCCGCCACUGUGGUCAGCAGCCUCAACGCCCUGACAAGCUUCGAGGCGAGCGAGGACGAGCGCGGCAGCAAGCUGGGCAAUUUACGGAGCUGGGGGCAACUAGGCCGCGGGCUGGGCCCGAUUCUAUUCACGAGCGUAUACUGGUGGGCCGGUCGAGAAGUUGCAUACACGAUGGGAGCCACCGGCGUCGCCGUCGUCGCAGCGGUUGUGCUGAUGGGAUUGAAGACGCCCAGGAGGGUCGCGGGCACGACAAGCACGAAGACCCGGUAG